AUGAGCAGUGACCCCGACCCUCUGAACAUACACCUUUUGGCAUCUCAAUUGCGCUCCCUGACAAUCUCGGUUUCUAUCUCGACUGAUCAGGGCGAACAGCGGCGAGGUACCCCGGCUGCUUCUUCAUCUUCAGCUCCUGAGCCUCCUGCUUCCACUGCUGCAUCUUCUGGCAACUUGGCUCGGAACCUCUCUUGGGCUUUCCGUGACACUUCUGUUACUUGCCCAGGUUCGGUUCUUAGGCUUAGCCGCGCUUUGCAUUCUGGGGCUUUGGGCAGCCCAGCGGAUCGCAUUGCUGGUGCUUACCGGCGCGGCCGGGAGGCAGCUGCUAUAGUGCGUGGCGAGUCCACGUGCUACCGCUCCGACAGCAUCGGGGGUCGCAAGGUUUGCUACGUCGUGUUGUUUUGCGGGGGUGCAGACGAGCCUUUCAUCACCUUCAACAAGCACGUCUACUUCCAGUACGUCAAGACUGGACCCGGGGGCUCUUGGGAUCCCGAAGCGGUGUCCCACGGAUUUGCAACACAGAGGCUUGCCUCAAAGGCGGGAUCAAUGACUGCAUCUCCUGAGUACCUCGGCACCUAUCUCACUGCCGAGGCGAUCGCAGGCUACAGCAAGCUAUGGUACACUCGUGGCGAAAUAUGCUCUCAAGCGUUUGUCGUGAAGGCUAUCCCGGCGGAGUUCAUUCUCUGCCUCCCCCAAGGUGGCAUCAGCGACGAAGAGCUGGCUCAGGCGACUGCCGACGAAUACAACGGCUCCCUAGGUCCUUGGACUCAGGUGAACAUCACUGCCGUGGGAGCCAGUGGCCGAGAGCUGAAAAGCACUAUUCCUUGUCUGCUUAUCGAUCUGCAGGCUUCGGAAGCCGGUGCUUUGGCAACGGAGCCGGACCCAGCUCGGGCUGUCAAAACGUUUGGGGUGGUGCGCCUCCAGAGUGUUUGGCCGGCCCGUGUUCGUGCCCUGGAAGCUCUAGAGCAUUUUCUCAAUGGCGAGGACAUCGACGAUCGCUUGGAGGGCUACUUCACCGAAGAAGUGCCGGAGGCUCCUGCCGCCGCUCCCGACGGAGCCGGCCUCGAUCUUGGUACUUCGGAGGUGCUGCACCAGCUCCUCCAGCAGAGCAGCUCGCAAGCCGGGGUGCUGCACGGCAUCCAGAGACGCCUGUCGAGCCUGGACGAGAUCGAGUCGCGAUUGAGCAACCUGGAAAAGAAGCCGAAUCCUUCGGCGAGAGCUCCGGCUGCCGCCCCUCCUGCCGAGGGUGCUCCGGCUUGGGCUCCGCAGCUGUUCGCCCAGGGCGGGCAGGCAAGCUUGGGAACAGAUCAGAUGCAGCAUCUUCUUUCGUUGGCGGGCCGAGGCCCGAAACGUCUGGCGGACCUGGGGUCCCAUUCUGCGGCUGCAGCUCGCCCGUCUUCGAGUGCAAAGCUGGGGGCUACACCCAAGGCUGCUGCUGUCCCGAGCAUGCUAGGAGAUCUCCCCGGAGAGGAAGACGAGGCGGACGCCGCCGACGCCGGGGAUGCCGGGGAUCCAAGCGAUCCGCUGACUCGACUGUUGGCCCAGCAAACGAAGAUUCUGAUGCAGCUCACGAAGAAGUCCAGGGAUCCGCUCCAUGGCCUUCUCAGCGGCAGUGCGGCCGAGGACGAUUCCAAGCUCCCAGGGGUGAAGGGCAUGGCGGCCAGACAGUUGAUGGUGGAGCAGUUUGCCGCUCAUCCCGAUCGGGUUGUUCUUCAAGUGCGAGCUCGUCUGGCCACGGCCCGGAGGAAGACCAUCCAGGAGCUGCAACCGCGCGACAUGUACUACCACUUCGCCGAGACGGUCCCGUUGGGGUCCUACAAGACGCUGACCUACUUCCCUCCUGGCAGAGAUGCGGCGGAGAUGAUAUCAUUGCUGGCUCUAGGAUUGGUGUUCGCAGAGCAAGUGGCCAACGAGCAAGGGCACACCCGACUAGGGUGGUUACUCACGGGGAGGCAGGACCCGCCCUUUGCCCAAGUGGAGCAGAGGCGGGCCCCUCGUGCAGAGGUGCCGCACGGCAUGUUGGCGGACCCUCGUUGGAUCGCUGCCAACCUAGCUUACCUGAGGGAUGCAGAUCUGAUCAGCGAGCGCACCAGCCGAUCCCAGCAGCUCCCAUCGACCCCUGCAACCCCGAGCCCAGCUCGAAAGGAAAGGGCAGACGAGGCCAGCGGAAGCAGGAGAGCACCGCCGAACCCAGACCCAGUUCCUGAACGGUUCUCCCUGGCUCCUGCCUCAGCUUUUUCCUGA